CGCCCGGAGGAGUCUGCGGGUCCGGCGCUGGACUUCCGCCUCCGAGGCCCUCGGUCUCAGGAAGUCUGCAGCCCGGUGUCCUGCCUGCUGGCGGAUAAGGGGCGCCGCUCCGGGAGCCUGCAAAUUCCGCUGCUAAGAGCCGAGAACCACACCGGGCCCCCGUCCCGCGCUUAAGUCGGCCGCUGGGCAAACCGGUCAAGAAAGCCCGCCCGCCAGGACGACUCCAUCCCUUUUUGGGCUCCCCGUUUUCUGAUAUUCCAAACCCUUGAAGUGGCUCCCCUGGAAUGUCCGCGGGCCGCGCCCUGCGCCGAGCAAGCCCCCCCUCCAAUUGCGGAAGAAGACCGGGCUCUCCUCCAACGCUGACGCUACUGCUCAGACCGGAGCCCUCUGGCAGGAGGAGGCGAGUCCAGGAGGCGCUGCCCCGAAAGCUGCCUUCUUGUGUGGCUUUCUAGACAGCCGCCGGCCGCAAGCUGGGCUUCCACCGCCAGAUCCCCCUCACUCCGGAGGACCCCUGCCGGGAAACGCAACCCCCACGUUCACCCUUUUCGGGCCGGCCAAAGCUUCGGGUCCCCCAGCCCCGCCUAGACGAAGCUACUCGCCAGGUCCCGCGCUGCCCGGCCAGUGGGCGGCGGCGGCGCGGCGGGUCGGCCCGGCCGGAGGCGGGGAUAGCGCAGCCCCGUCACGUGGAGCGGAUGAAAGGGACGCGGCGGCUGGGCCGGGAGGAGGAGAAGGAGGAGGAGGGAGCUGCCGCCAGCCCGCCGCCCCGCCGCCGCCGGGAGACGACGCGAGGCCGAGGCGGAGGCCGGGAAGAGGAGAAGCCGCCCGGCGGGGUAGAGAGGCCCGGCGGCACCUGCGGAGCGAUGCGCGAUCCCGGCCUGGCGCCCCCCUCGCCACCGCUGCCCGGGGCCGGCGCGGGGGGCCCGCCGGCGCGAUGAGGCCGGGCCCGGGGCCGCUGCUGGUGGUGGCGCUGGCGGCGGCGGCGGCGGCGGCGCUGGGCCGGGAGGCGGCCUUCGUGGAGGUGGUGCUCUUCGAGUCCAGCCCCGGCGGCGACUACACCACUUACACCACGGGGCUGCAGGGCCGCUUCUCCCGCGCCGGGGCCACGCUCAGCGCCGAGGGCGAGAUCGUGCAGAUGCAUCCAUUGGGACUCUGCAACAGCAAUGAUGAAGAAGACUUAUAUGAAUAUGGCUGGGUUGGAGUUGUGAAGCUGGAGCAGCCUGACCUGGAACCAAAACCCUGCCUCACUGUUCUGGGCAAGGCCAAGCGGGCAGUUCAAAGAGGAGCCACAGCUGUCAUUUUUGAUGUGUCCGAAAAUCCAGAUGCCAUUGAUCAGCUGAAUCAGGGCUUGGAGGACCCACUGAAAAGACCAGUUGUUUAUGUGAAGGGGGCAGAUGCAGUCAAGCUGAUGAACAUUGUUAACAAACAGAAAGUGGCGCGGGCCAGAAUCCAGCACCGUCCACCACCACAACCCGCUGAAUACUUUGACAUGGGGAUUUUCCUUGCCUUUUUUGUGGUGGUCUCUCUGGUUUGCCUGGUUCUUCUCAUCAAGAUCAAAUUGAAGCAGCGUCGCAGCCAGAGCUCUAUGAACAGGCUGGCUGUGCAGGCGCUGGAAAAGAUGGAGACGCGGAAGUUCAAAUCCAAGCUGAAAGGGCCCUGCGAAGGCAACUGCGGUGCCCUGGACACGCUCAGCAACGGCUCUGCCUCGGACUGCGCUAUUUGCUUGGAGAAGUACCUGGACGGGGAGGAGCUGCGUGUGAUUCCCUGCACCCACCGGUUCCACAGGAAGUGUGUGGAUCCUUGGCUUCUGCAGCAUCACACUUGCCCCCACUGCCGUCACAACAUCAUUGAGCAAAAGAAGGGAAACCCCAGCCUGGUGUGUGAGGAGACGGCCAGCCAGUUACACAGCCGGCAGCAGCAGCAGCAGCAGCAGCAGCAGCAGCGCAUGAUCCUGCCUGUUCACUUCCCUGGCCGAGCACACAGAGGUGGCCAUGUCACCGCCUACCCCACGCGCACCAGCAUGGACCCUCACGGGAACCCCAUCACCGUCUUGACAGUUGAUCGGCAUGGAGAGGCCCCGGCCUUCUUACGGAGCUACCCGCCCAUCCUGCACCUGGAGCCUCACCUGGGCACAGCUGAACGCCAGCCCUGUACAAUGCCUCAUCCUUUCCAGAAGCCAAAGUUCAGCGGGGACCCUUUCUCCAAGCCGGCUUGCUUCUCCCAGUAUGAGACCAUGUUUCAGCACUACUACUUCCAGGGCCUCAGCUACCCUGAGCCGCCACAGAGUGGACAGUUCCCCCUCCACAUGGCUGCCAAGGGCCCCCCCCCUGCCUUCCAGCCUCUCGCCAGCCACAGGCUCUUCCCCCCUGCGGUUCACAUUGCCCCUUCCUCCCAGCCAGAGAGUGGCAGAGCUUCUGGCCUCAGCUGUUACCGUGGCCACCGCUCAAUCUGUAGCGGCUACUUGGCCGAUGGUCCUGGCAGUGACAGCAGUAGCAGUGCUGGUGGCCGCUCUGGCCGGUGCCACUGCUCCUCCAAUGACUCCAUGGUGGACUGCACAGAGGUCAGCAACCAGGGGAUCUACGGGAGCUGCUCCACUUUCCGCAGCUCGCUGAGUAGCGACUACGACCCCUACGUCUACCGCAGCAAAAGCCCCUGCCGGAGCAGAGAAAAAACCAGGAUCCUCCAUGGGGAGAUGAUGCUUCUGGAAGGUUCCUCUGCACUGCACCUGGUGGCAGACAACAGCCAGUCUGGGCCAGCCGCUACAGCAAGGGACCAGCUAUCUGACUGCAGCCUUGAAAUGAAUUAUAGCAGCAGCAGCAGCAGCAGCAGCAGCAGCAGCCGCUCUUCGCUGGAGCAGAAGGAACAGGCCUGUACCCUCUCUGAGCGAGGAGGCCCACGGCUGCACCCCGAGACCACUGGAGAGACAGGUCAGACUGGGAGGGAGCCUUGUGACCAAGCGUGUGGCUGCUGCUUGGAAGUACAUGCUGCCCCAAGGGAAUUGUCAAGUACGGCAGCUGGUGGCGGCAGCAGCACGCCACUGCAGGGCACGCCACUUUGGACAGGGGGUGGCUCUUUGCGAGAGCCCCAGACAAGGAGAAGUCAGGGCCUGGUCAGCAUUAGGACACAGGGGGUCCCUCGUGAAGCCUUGCCCUGUUACUUCUACGAAGAGAAGCGGGUGGCCAGCAGUGGCCCCACCUGGCCAGGCCGUUACACGGAAGACUGUGCGGUGAAUGUUCGAUAUGUGUGUGCAGAAGACCCCUUGCCGGGCUGCUAUCCGGGCCUGCAUGAGAUGGCCCAGUGCAUUGCCAUUAUUCCCGAAGUCCGGGACUCUGAGCUGGCCCUGCCAGUAGAUUGCUAUAGCGGCAGCAGCUCUUGGGAGACAUCAUGUGGAACAGCAGCCCCCAGCCAGGCCCAGGGAACGCCCAUGAAGGCAUUUGGAGAGCCAGGAGAGAUACGGCAAGAAGGGUCAUGCCCACCCAUGGUGGGCUUCCCGCUGGAGGAGUCCUGCGGGCUCUUUUCCAACCCUCUGCAAAGUUGUUUGGAGGCCGUGGCCACUGGAGAAGGCCCUCAGACUUUGGGUAAGUCAGCAGCGCCAUCUUGGCUGGAGGCGAGGUGGGUGGAACAGGGAGGGAAGGGGGAUGCCUUUGUUCAGCCAUGCUGGCCAAAUGCCUCCCAAGAGCUGCAACGUGCCGAUCCAGGCUUGUUUUAGCCACGUUUGGGCUUCCUUGAGUCUCAGAGCAGUAUCGGUGGCAGUGGGGAUGGCCUAGAGAGGCAGUUGCUCGCAUUUGGUGCUGGACCAGCACAAGAUCUGAGCUUCGACCUGAAGGGGCUAGGAGAGGGGAUGCUUGAAGAAUGCUGAAGAACAGUUUCAUUUUUUCGGGCUGCUGUUCCCCAGGGUGGUGUCAGGCUGGGAACUAAUAAGAAGAGGAUGGUCUUGGGGCAGCUGUGCUUCCGCUGGACUUCAAAGCCUUCUUUUGCUUGUGUUGACACACGACAGGAGUGAUCCCGAGAAACUCAGGCGGUGCAGGGCAUCCUUGGCAGACCACAGAAUCCCCCACAGCUGCCGCCUGGGGACAAGAGGCCCAGUUACAUAGCCUGGUGCCCUCCUCCUGCUCUGUCAGGGGAUCCCACCUGCCUUAGAAAAGAAAUGGCACUUUGAAAUAAAUGGAGUCCGAGGGGCGGAGGCCGCCUGCCUCUUCAUGCAGGAAUGCAGACCUCUCCCUAAGCCCCAGUGGAGGCCCAGUUGAAACAGUGCCUUCUGUCUAGCCCGAUGCUGCAGUUGCCGUGGGCUCUGCCCGAGCCCUGUGCCCAUCUGCUCGCCAGCCUGCCCAGGGUCGAGACCUUCGGCUGAGGUCCCUCCUAGUCGCCCCUGGGGUCCAAACGUGUUGCUGUUUCCUUCCCCUUAUUAAUAGUUUCCUAUGGAAACAGCCCUUCCGGCUGCUGCAGCCACAGCCACGUGGUUCCCUAAGGCCUCCUGCCCCCCCCCCGCUGCGGCUGAGACCGCGACCACUGCCAUGUUUGGCUUCUGGGAUGCUGUUCCUGUUCCUCUGUGUGCCUGGCUGGAUAGUUGGGUGGAGAGCUUUUUUUGUUUAAAAGAGAGAAGUUGCCUGGAUUCCCCCCUCCACGGUUUUAAUUUGUUAAUAAGUCAGGAUUAGCAAAGGUACUUUUACUGAACUUUUCAUUUUCUGCCCAGUUUAUGAAAAAGGGGAUUUUAUAAUGAAAAGAUUUCACAGUUAUUAGUUUAUUGUAUGAGAGUGACAUGAUGAACUUCCUUUCUGAGCUUUGGUCCUUCUCAUUCUAACAGUGUGUGCUUGUGCCCAUGCUAAUAUUGUGCGUUUUCCCUUCGGCAGCCCUGCCCUUGUGGCUUCUGAUCGUGCGGAGGCUGGUUAGAGUAGCUAGCCUCAAGCAGGAAGCCCUCCUGUCCCACCUUUAUUAAGGCUUCUCUUACUGCUUCAGAAAUCUUCCUUCUCAUCACCAAUAUGUAAAAUAUAUUUUACUUCUAUUUCUGCUUCCCUUUCUGGUUAUUUACUUCAGUCAGAGGACCGUGUAACUGGACUUCUUUUCUGACAACAGUUUCCAUCUAUUUUCUAAGGCUUCUGCCUAGUGAAGAUUUCUCCAAGUUCUACAUAAAAUAUUUUAGUGGUUGUGCCUUCUCUCUGAGCAGCACCUCCAGAAGUGAUUUCCUAGGCACCAAAAGGCCAGAUUCUUAAGAUCCAUCCAGUUGCCUAGUUACUGUAUCAAAAUUCGCUGCACCUCUGUUCCAGGGAUUGUGAUUCCCAGAUGUGUUGUCCAGUUCUCCUUGGCUGGAGAAUGGAGUGUUUUAACUCACAAGGUGGGUGGAGCACUGCAUCUCAAGAAUUUGCUCUAAGUUGGUGUUCCCUUGUGCAGUUCCCGCUUGGGUUUGCAACUGGAGGCAAGGGAGGGGUUCCUAGAGGCUAACCAGCUUUUUUUGGCACAGCUGGUAUUUCUCAAUCCUGAUGGCCUCCGUGCACCGGUCCCCCUCCCCCACUGAAGCUUAGUAGCCAGCACUUGCUACUUUGGUGCCUUUUCCCACUCUUCGUCCUACCACACAUACUUUUUAAGCAGCCCCCGUGGUGAUGCCUGGUCUUUGUAGAUACCUGGGGAAGAAGGUUUUACAUGGUUGCAAGUUAUAGCUGGCUUCCUGGAUCCAGUGUAGAUGAUAUCACUGGAAGGGAAACAUCCUCUUUGUCUCCGGUAGAGGGAAGAACUACGAUGGGGGGCUGGAGGUGAGGGGGGAAGGCAAAGUCUUCCCAUAUCUGUUUUUGGCUUUGGGGGUUGAAGAUAGAAAUAAGAGCAAUUAACCUGCCAGAUGUUUCCAAUCCCCAUUUCUUCCCUCAUUUUUCAUUUCUGAAAAUAAAUGCAUUAUUGAAAAUUGGCCCUAUUGCAGCUUAAUGUUGGGGACACAGUCUUGUGCUGGGGUCCUACGGUAUAUAUGGGCUGCAGGCUCUGAAUUGUUCACUAGGAUUGGUACAUAUUCAGUGUGGAUGCUUUUAACGCUUGGCAUUUUGUAGUUCUUCCGGCUGACUUACGUUUUAAUUCUUAUCAUAUACCUGGCACACAGUACAAGAGCAGUGCUUCUUUUCUUGGAUCUGUAUGGUUAAUUCUGUCCAGACCUGAAGCUAUAGAGCAGCACGGGCCUUGCUAUUCAAGGAGACAUGCUGCCUUUCUUCCCAAACUUCCAAAAUCUUUGCACAGAUGCAGAGAUGACAUUCAAAGGACUACAGAGAACCCCCCUGCCCUUCUGGAUGAGUGGAUGACCAAUCCGAAACUUGCCCUAACCUUCUGGUUGAUAAGCAUCCAUGAAAGUGAAGGUCUAGAAGUAAGCUAUUGGCAGAAGUUGGAGCUUCCUCGACACAAUGUGAGCUCUCUUUGACCCCCUACCCACCACCCCAAACUUUUGUGUGUGUUCAUUAUCUAUCUUUUAUAGAAAAAGUAGUUUCAUGUUGUCUAUUGGGCAUCCCUUCAUGACAAAUUUUUAUAAUGGUCAGUACAAUAUAUGUUUUAAUUCUAAAAGGCCUUUUUAUCAAAGUAAUUAUUGCCACUAUGAUGGGCUUGUGAGGCACUAUUUUCAAAUAAACAUUUUUUUUAAGAAAAUAAGAUUUCUGUAGCACUUAAACUGUUUUGUAUAAAAUGUACUGUAAAAGUUUGUAAGAUGGUUAAAGGGCUCUUCUUCAUUACCAGUUGUAUUGUUUUUAAUGGUAGAAAACAACUUGUUUCUAUUCUGUAUGUAUAGCAGCACAUUUCAUUUAUGGAAAGAUGUUCUCAGAAUAUUUAUUUACUAAUAUAUUUAUCUUAAGCUAUGUCUUAUUUGAGUGUGUAAUGUUAUAAAGAAAAAUCGGGAGUCACUAACAGAAAGCAAUGUAAAUACAGAUUUCACAAUGUUUGCUGACCAAAAAGUGAUUUUAAAUCAUAUUGUAGCUCUGCAGUUUUAUAACAAAAUGUACAAAUGUAUGUUUAAAAACAAAAGCUUUUAAAAAAA